AUGGCAAAGGAUCAAGCAACGGCGGCGAUGGAAACAUCGACGGUGGAGAAGCAGCCAGAGACGAGAGAGGCUGAAACACCGAGUGUGACUAGGACGAAGAGGAUGAUGGUUGCCAUCGAUGAGAGUGAUUCGAGCUUCUACGCCCUUCAAUGGGUCAUUGACCAUUUCUCUACCCUCUUAAUGACCACUGAGGCGGAAAGUGGCAUGCUCACGGUGGUUCAUGUGCAGUCUCCGUUCCAUCACUUUGCUGCUUUUCCGGCUGGACCCGGCGGUGCGACAGUCUACGCAUCUUCGUCGAUGAUAGAGUCAGUGAAAAAAGCGCAACAGGAGACCUCUGCGGCGCUUCUCUCGCGUGCACUCCAAAUGUGCCGAGCCAAACAGAUACGUACUGAAACUCUGGUGCUUGAAGGCGACGCGAAGGACAUGAUUUGCCAGGCGGUGGAGCAAAUGCAUGUUGAUCUUCUCGUUGUGGGUAGUCGUGGCCUUGGCAAGAUCAGAAGAGCGUUUCUUGGGAGCGUUAGCGAUUACUGUGCCCAUCACGCCAACUGUCCCAUCCUUAUUGUGAAGCCACCAAAAGGAGUUGACUAA